UCUAAUUUGUAGUACAUGUUCCACGUAUUAUAUGAUAAAUAGAUAAGGUUCACUCGUGAUAAAAUCAAACAAAAAAAUCUACCUGGUAAGGCUCGAAACGGAGACCUAUUGCUUCAUCAAUAGACCACAUGCCAACCCACCUACAGAACGUUGUUGUUCAUAGAAUAAAUUAAAUAUACUUAACGGGUCCUGGUUUCUCCAUCUUCCAUCUCCAUCUUCUAUCUCCUUUCUUCAAACAUGGAGGGAGCACUGCCCCAACAACAAUCAUAAUAGAAAAACCCCGAGGCGUUGUGAAGGGCACGCCGCCGCCGAUCGGACGCGAGGCUCUGCUAAGGGCGCGCCGCCGCCGGUCGGAAGCGAGGUGCUGCUAAGGACACUAGUCUGACUCCAGGCGUUGCUAAGAGUGUGCCGCCGCUGGUCAGACGCGAGGCGCUGCUAAGGACGUGCCACCACCGUUCAGCAGCGAGCGCCAUCCGCUUCUGGCGUUGUCCCUUGCCUCCGUGGGAUAUUUCUAAGCAAGGAUCCAAGCAAACUACUAUGAUGGACAAGAGUUGGAUGACCAAACCAAGAACCUGUAAUGAGUACAAGGAUGGUGUAGACCAAUUCCUUACUUUCGCAUUCCGUGAUGUUCGACAUGGAGGAAAGAUUAAUUGUCCAUGUGUGAAGUGUAAGAAUAAGUCAACAAGAAGUUAUGAUGAUGUUAGAACCCAUUUGAGAUGCAAUGGUAUUCUGCAAGGAUAUACUACAUGGGUUCGUCACGGAGAGGAACAUGAGUCAUCAUCAUCUCCCUUUGCUCAGGUCUCAUCAAGGACAGAUAACCAGGCUAUGUCCGGACAACCCUGUACUUCUCCUGCACAAGCUGCAAACAUGAGAAAUGAUGACAUGCAAGGGCUCCUAAAUGCAGCAUUUUCUAUGACUGAUAAUUAUGAUACACUGUCCAGUUCGUCAGAUGAAGAAAUGGAUGAGAUUGCAUUUCAGUGUCCUGAUGUAGAUGAUAGUCAGAGUGAAGAUGAUACUAUUUCAGAGGAGGUUGGUGAUCAAACUAAAGAAGAAGAAAUUCUAUCAAGCUUCUUGAAAGAUGCUCAGGCAAAGCUAUAUCCAGGAUGUGAUGCAUUUUCGAAGCUUUCCUUUCUAGUCACCUUAUUUCACUUGAAGUGCUUACAUGGGUGGACUCAAGAGUCAUUUACAGCAAUACUUGGUGUUUUGUCUGCUGCAUUGCCUAAAGAGGCGAACCUACCAAAAAACUACCACGCAGCAAAGAAAAUCAUCCGGGGAUUAGGUCUUGAUUAUGUUAAGAUUCAUGCAUGCCCAAAAGAUUGCAUGAUUUUCCACGGUGAUAGGGCCAACCAAGAAACUUGCCAUGUAUGCGGCAGCUCACGUUGGGCAUAUAGAAAAAAGAAGGGUGAGCCAACAGAACCAAAAGAGCAGAAGAAAAAGGCAGCAAAGGUAUUGCGCUAUUUCCCAUUGAUACCGAGGCUGAAGAGAUUGUAUGCUAAUGAACAAACUUCAGCUGACAUGCGCUGGCAUGAUGAGGGUCGUACAAAGGAUGGAAAACUGAGGCAUCCAGCUGAUGGACAAGCUUGGAAAGAUUUUGAUUCGAGAUAUGAUAAGUUUUCUGCUGAUUCCCGUAAUGUGCGGCUUGGUCUUUCCAGUGAUGGAUUUAACCCUUUCAGAAACAUGAAUUGCAAGCAUAGUACAUGGCCAGUAGUGCUUAUUCCUUACAAUUUACCUCCCUGGAUUUGCAUGAAGCAAACAUCUUUUAUAUUGUCCAUGAUCAUUCCUGGACCAGAUAGCCCAGGAAAUGAUAUAGAUGUCUACUUGCAACCACUCAUUGAUGAACUAGAACAACUAUGGCAGGGCGUGGAAACCUUUGAUGCCAGUUCAAAGAAAAAGUUCUCUCUCCGAGCAGCUUUGAUGUGGACCUUGAAUGAUUUACCAGCAUUAGCUUACUUAUAUGGUUGGAGCACAAAGGGAACAUAUGCUUGUCCAUCUUGUGCAGGUUUAACGAGAUCUUUUUUUUUUAAGAAUGGGCGAAAAUGUUCAUAUAUGGGUCACCGUCGGUGGUUGCCACUGUCCCACUCCUAUCGCCGUCGAAAGAAACAUUUUGAUGGCACUGAGGAGAAAGAACUUGCACCUGUAACAAUGAGUGGAAGUUCCAUGUUGAGGAUGUGCGCAGGUAAAGUAUUUGUAUAUGGCAAGAAAAAAGAUCAACCAGAGGAAGAGGAAGGGCAUACUGGGAAUCAAGAUAGAGUUGGAAAGCAAAAAAAAUGGAAAAAAACAGAAUAAAGAGGAAACGAGUCCAAAGGAAAAAGCGAUCAGUGGAGACGUCAUGUCAGAGAGAGAAAAACCCCGAGGAUUGGAUAAAGAAGAGGUCGAUAUUUUUUAAACUACCAUACUGGGAACAUAAUCUGUUACGGCACAAUCUUGAUGUGAUGCAUAUAGAGAAAAAUGUAUGUGACAACUUGAUUGGGACAUUGCUAAAUAUGGAUGCUAAGACAAAGGAUGGUCUUAAUGCUAGGCUUGACUUGGAGGAACUUGGACUUCGGCCAGAAUUACAUCCACAAUUAGAUGACAAAGGAAACAAAGUAUUGCCUGAUGCACCCUUUACCAUGUCUAGAGAACAAAAGGAGAUUCUUUGUUCUGUUGUUCAGAAUCUUAGAACACCUGACAGUUAUGUAUCAAAGAUUUCCAGGUGUGUAAAUGUUAAGGAAUGCAAACUGAGUGGCCUCAAAAGUCAUGAUUGCCAUGUAUUGAUUGAGGAAAUUCUUCCAGUAGCUCUACGUUCUUGUUAUCCCAGCAAAGAUGUUAUGAAAAUAGUUGUAGAACUAGCUGCUUUCUUCAAAAAGUUGUGCUCCAAAGUUUUAGAUAUAUCUGAACUUGACAAACUCCAGGAGCAAAUUGUUUUGACACUAUGCAACAUGGAAAGUGUUUUCCUUCCAUCAUUUUUUACUAUUAUGGUACAUCUACUUGUACACUUGGUGGAGGAGGCUAAGUUUGGUGGUCCAGUACAUUAUAGGUGGAUGUACCCUAUGGAAAGACUAUUCGUUCGAUUGAAGGCGCUUGUUCGCAAUAGAGCACGUCCUGAAGGUUGCAUUGCUGAAGGGCAUAAAGCAGAAGAGUGCUUGACAUUUUGUUCAAGAUUCCUUGAUGGAACUACACGUUUUACACGACCAUCUCGAAAUCCUGAUCCAUCAGAUAAGGCAAAAGACAUGUACUUAUUCGAGAGUGCUAGCCAACCCAUAGGGAAAGCUAUUAUUGUAUAUCAAUUUGACAACAACUUGCUCAUUCAAGUGCACAGAUACAUAUUGAGACAUUGUGAUGAACUAGAAGAAUUUCGCAGGGAGUUUGUGGAGUCAAUGAGAAAUCAGCAUCACCAAGCAGAUCUCACACCUUCCUAUAUUCAGGAGUUCAUUGAUAAACAUUUUGCAGAUUGGCUCGAACAGAAGGUACUGCAUAGUGAUGAUUCAAGCAUCAAUGAAAGUAUACGAGUAUUGGCUAGAAAACCGAACAAAUGUGGGGUGCGCUACAAUGGCUUUGUUAUCAAUGGUUUUAGAUUUCAUACAAGAAGCCGUGAGAGUAAACGCUUGACACAAAACAGCGGUGUAGUAAACAUUUCAAACGACGGCACAAAUUAUUAUGGAAGACUAACUGACAUCAUAGAAUUAUCAUAUAAAGGUAACUACAAGGUGGUUCUCUUCAAAUGUGACUGGUAUGAUGUUCAUCAUCGCAGUGGCAUUAAACAUGAUGAGUUUGGAUUCACUCUAGUAAAUUUCAAUCGAUUGAUACACACCGGAGACAAGAUAGAGCAUGAUCCCUUUGUUUUCUCUUCACAAGUCUCCCAAGUGUUUUAUGUGGAAGAUCCAAAAGUAGAAGGAUGGAAUGUUGUAGUAACUGUUAGGCCAAGGGAUCUAUUUGACAUGGGUGCAGAACCGUUGGUUGGUAACGAGGACAAUGCAACGUAGUUUUGUGGGAAAUUUAUUUGUUUCACCCAUUUCAUAGUUUGAGACCACUGGCUAGAUGC